AAAUCCAAUAGAAUGAAGUUAAUUGUAAUUUUCUACCUCCAAUUUUAGACAAAUGCAUUGGUUCCCUACUGAGUCUCAGGACUUCGAAGACUCAAAACACAUUUUCCGAUUCACUCUCAUCUCCUACCUGAACUAUUGAUCCUUCGCUAGAAUAUAUUCUUGGAGUUCUGCAACUAAGUUCUAUCAACACUUUGGUAAAACUCAUUCUCGGAGUUCUGCAACGGCCAUUGCUUUGGUGAUACUUGGCUGCAGGUUCUAAGAAGGGAAGCUGAUUGGUUCACAAGACAUGUUUGAUUCAAGCUACAGUUUAUCAAGCUGGAGCGUUGGGUUCCAGUUAGGCACACCAUGUUUUUGGGAAGAAGUCAGCAUAUUAGUCCAACUAGGGGUUCUAGGAAGCAUUUUGAUCUGCUUCAUGAAGAAAAGAUGUGCACAUGGAUCACGAAGUAUAGAGGAAGGUGUAGGAAAAUACCCCAGCAGCAUCAGACUUGGCUUUGUCUACAAAUCUGCGUUAGUUUGUUCUGUUUUAAUAGCAGGAACUCAUAUCUUGAUGCUUUGGAUGAUUUUAAACGGAUACGACGCCCUCUGCAAAUCGAAAAACUCAGUUCUCUGUAAAGAAAUUCUGUUAGAGAUAUCAUGCCUAAUCACAUUACUUCUGGUUUUGAAUCUUCGUCACUCAAGGUCCUUGAAGCUACCAAGGGUUCUAAGAGUCUGGUGGAUCUUAAGCUUCAUAUUAUCUAUUGUCCAUACAACUCUUUAUACAAGUUAUAUUCACACAAACCAUAGAUCCCUAACCAUAGUGUAUUACGUCAACUUCGUCAGCUUAAUUUCCUCAACAUACUUGGUAGGAAUUUCAAUUAACGGGGCAACUGGCAUUAGCUUCAUCACCAAUAGCACCACAGAGUCACUACUGAACAAACUUGAAAAUCAUUCUGAUGGAAAGAAGGAAAAGGAAUCACCUUAUCAAAGAGAAUCACCUUAUCAAAGAGCUACACUUCUCCAACUCAUCACUUUCUCUUGGCUUAGUCCAUUAUUCAAAGUUGGGUACAAGAAACCACUCGAACAAGAAGAUGUCCCAGGCAUCCACAUCAAGGACUCUGCUGAAUUCCUCUCCCAUUCAUUUAACAACAUUCUAAAACAAGUCAAGGAGACAAAAAACACCAGGAGUCCAUCAAUUUACAUGGCUAUCUUUCUGUUCAUCAGGAAAAAAGCAGCAAUUAACGCAUUUUUCGCAGUAAUCAAUGCUGGAGCAUCAUAUGUUGGUCCAUACUUGAUCAAUGACUUUGUGGCCUUUUUAACUCAGAAGAAACACUACAGCUUAAAGACUGGUUAUAUUAUUGUACUAGCAUUCAUAAGUGCCAAAACGGUUGAAGUGAUUGCAGAUAGGCAAUGGGUUUUCGGGGCUCGCCAACUAGGCAUGAAUCUGAAAGGAGUCCUUAUAACCCACAUAUAUAAGAAGGGUCUUCAUCUGUCAAAUCAGUCCAGGCAAAGCCACACUAGCGGAGAGAUUAUUAAUCUAAUGAGUGUAGAUAUUCAGAGAAUUACGGAAUUCAUCUGGUACAUGAAUAUAAUCGGGAUGCUGCCGAUCCAAAUUUCACUAGCCACCUGUAUCCUAUAUUUGAAUUUGGGUCUUAGCUCAUAUGCAGGAUUAGCCGCAACAUUAAUGGUGAUGUUAUGCACUAUACCUCUUCAAAGAAUCCAGAAACGGUUGCAGUCAAGGAUCAUGGAAGCGAAGGACGAAAGAAUGAAGGCUACAUCAGAAAUUCUUCGAAACAUGAAGACUCUCAAACUUCAAGCAUGGGACAUGAAAUAUAUCCUAAAGCUUGAAAACUUGAGAAAAAUCGAGUACAGCUGGUUAUGGAAGUCAUUACAUUUAUCAGCACUCUGGGGUUUUAUCUUCAUGACAUCCCCCACAUUUAUCUCUGCAGUGACCUUUGGAUCAUGCAUCUUACUGGGGAUUCCACUAACAGCUGGGAAAGUCUUAUCUGCAUUGGCAACCUUCAGAAUGUUACAAGAUUCAAUGUUCACUUUACCAGAUUCGCUCUCUGUUAUUGCACAAGCUAAAGUUUCAGUAGAUAGGAUUGAAGCUUACCUCCAAGAAGAUGAAAUACAAGAUGAUGCAGUCAUUUUUGUUCCAAAAACAUCAGAAGUGGAAAUCGAGAUUGAAAAUGGGAUUUUCAAUUGGGAUGUAAAAUCACAUUCCCCAACCCUCAGCCGAAUACAACUAAAAGUUAAGAGAGGGAUGAAAGUUGCAAUUUGUGGGACUGUUGGGUCAGGGAAGUCUAGUUUACUCUCUUGCAUACUUGGAGAGAUACCAAAGAUUUCGGGAGAAGUGAAAAUUAGUGGGACAAAGGCAUAUGUUCCUCAGUCCCCGUGGAUAUUUACUGGAAGUGUAAGAGAUAACAUUCUCUUUGGGAAUCCUUAUGAUAAAGUCAGAUACGAGAGAACAAUAAGAGCAUGUGCACUGACGAAGGAUUUAGAGCUCUUCCAAGCUGGAGACCUGACAGAGAUAGGAGAAAGAGGGAUUAAUAUGAGUGGAGGUCAGAAACAAAGGAUACAACUUGCACGAGCUGCAUACCAGGAUGCUGACACAUAUAUUCUCGAUGACCCAUUUAGCGCUGUAGAUGCUCAUACAGGAAGUCAACUUUUUGAGGAAUGUCUGAUGGGAAUCCUUAAAGACAAGACUAUAAUUUAUGUAACCAACCAGGUAGAGUUUCUUCCGGCGGCUGACCUAACUCUGAUGAUGCAAGAAGGAAAAAUCAUACAAGCUGGACGGAUCGAAGAACUUCUUAAACAGAAUAUAGGAUUUGAACUGUUGGUUGGUGCACACAGCAAAGCCUUAAAAACAAUCCUGAAUGUCGAAAACUCAAGAAGAACGUUGGAAAAGGUGCACGCUUCAGUUGAAAAUGACAUUCAUACCACAAUAAAUGAACAACCAAAGGGUAAAGAGGAUAAUCUCUCACUAGAGACAAUAGAGAAAAGAGGGAGAUUGACUCAAAAAGAAGAAAGAGAAAAUGGAAGCAUCGGUAAGGAGGUUUAUUGGACGUACCUGACAAUGCUGUGGGGUGGGGCUCUGGUUCCAGUAAUUAUCUUAGCUCAAAUAAGUUUCGAUGCGUUACAGAUGGGGAGUAAUUAUUGGAUAGCAUGGGCUUCUCCAGUUACAACGAAUUCCAAGCCAGUUGUCGAGAUGAACAUCAUGUUCCUCGUUUACUUACUUAUUGGACUAGCAAGUGCAAUCUGUAUAUUGUCCCGUCAGUUGCUAGUGGCAACAGCCGGCAUUCAGACAUCACAAAAACUCUUCAGGAGCAUGCUUCACAGUGUGUUCAGGGCACCAAUGUCUUUCUUCGAUUCCACCCCAACUGGAAGGAUCCUAAGUCGGGCAUCUACAGACCAAAGUGUGCUAGACUUGGAAUUAGCAAAGAGGAUAGGCUCUUGUGCUUUCUCGAUAAGCCGGCUUCUGGGGACUGUUGCACUAAUGUCACAGGUAGCAUGGCAAGUAUUUGCCAUCUUCAUACCAGUUAUGGGAAUAUGCAUAUGGUACCAACAAUACUACACACCAACUGCAAGAGAACUGGCACGCUUAUCUGGAAUUCAAAAAGCUCCAAUACUCCAUCAUUUUGCAGAAUCACUUGCAGGAGUUGCAACAAUCAGGGCAUACAACCAAGAGAACCGCUUCAUGGAAAUGAACCUCAGACUCAUAGAUAACCAAUCACGACCAUGGUUCCACAACGAAGCAGCCAUAGAAUGGCUCUCCUUUAGACUGAACAUAUUGUCAAAUCUGGUGUUUGCAUUCUCAUUAGUGAUACUCGUAAGCCUCCCUGAAGGGAUUCUCAACCCAAGUAUUGCAGGGCUAGCUGUGACAUAUGGACUGCAUCUGAAUAUACUUCAAGCAUGUGUUAUAUGGCACUUAUGCAAUGCACAGAAUAAAAUGAUCUCAGUAGAAAGAAUUUUACAGUAUUCGAAACUUACUAGUGAAGCCCCUUUGGUGAUUGAAGAAUGUAGACCUCCAAGCAACUGGCCUGAGUUUGGAGAAAUUUGCUUCAAAAACCUGGAGGUUCGUUAUGCUGAACAUCUUCCGUCUAUCCUCAAAAACAUAAACUGCAAGAUUCCGGGAAGAAAGAAAGUUGGUGUUGUAGGAAGGACAGGAAGCGGCAAAUCCACUCUCAUACAGGCUCUCUUUAGGACAGUAGAACCUAGAGAUGGAUGCAUUUUAAUUGAUGACAUUAAUAUUUGCAACAUUGGUCUACAUGACUUGAGAUCCAGACUCAGCAUCAUACCUCAAGACCCAACAAUGUUUGAGGGAACAGUCAGAGCAAACCUCGAUCCACUAGCACAAUUCUCCGACAAAGAAAUAUGGGAGGCUCUGCAUAAAUGUCAAUUAGGUGAUCUUGUACGCAAUAAGGAAGGGAAGUUGGAUUCAACAGUGGCGGACAAUGGAGAGAAUUGGAGCGUAGGUCAGAGGCAGUUAUUCUGUCUUGGGAGGGCAUUAUUGAAGAAAAGCAGCAUUCUUGUUCUAGAUGAAGCAACCGCAUCUAUUGAUUCAGCUACAGAUGAAAUUAUACAGAAGGUCAUCAGCCAGGAGUUUGAAAAUCGUACAGUUGUCAGUAUAGCUCACAGAAUCCAUACAAUCAUAGACAGUGAUCUUGUUCUCGUCCUUAGUGAAGGAAGGAUAGCCGAAUACGACAUGCCAGCUAGACUACUGGAACACGAGGAUUCAUUCUUCUCAAAGCUUAUAAAGGAGUACUCAAUGAGAUCAAAAGGUUCAUCAACAGCUUAGAAGAUACUCCCUCUGUCCCUUUCUAAGAGAUGCCUUUUCCUUUUUAUAUUUUUAAGAUAAUUUAAGUAUUGCUCUAGUACUUAUGUUUUCUUUCCGCAAUUUUCUUACAAGAUUUCAACGAAAC